AGCCAGUGGGGACCCUGGGAGCUCUGUGAGGUCACCACAUUCCGCCACACAUGGACGCCUGACAGGCAGCCGCCGCCGGCCUGUCUCUGCCCCGAGGAAGAGGAGCAGGACUGGACAAGGCCUGAGCUGGGGGACAGGGGAGCUGAGGUGAACGCAACGGCCACCGGGCACAGGACACACGUGGAGCCCCCCCAUUCAGCCACUCCCGGAGCGCCAGGAAGCCACGGCCUGGCUCGGACACUGUCCUCGCUGCUAGGCCACCAUGGUCCUCGGCCGGCUGCUGCUGCUGCUGCCGCUACUCCUGGCCAUAGCCCUGCCCUGGGCCACGACGGGCGCCAAGGACUGCGUCUUUUGUGAGCUGACGGACUCCAUGAGCUGCCCCGGCACCCACAUGAGCUGCGGCGAGGAUGAGGACUGCUUCAUCGGCCACGGCGUGGCGCAGGGCGUCGGGCCCAUCCUCAACAAGGGCUGCGUGCACUCCACCAGCUGCGGCCGCGAGGAACCCGUCAGCUACAUGGGAGUCACUUACACCCUCACCAGCACCUGCUGCUACGGCCACAUGUGCAACAGGGGCCCCCGGGGCCCUGCCACAGCGGGCCUGCUGCUGGCCUUGCCGCUGCUGCAACGUUUCCUGUGACCAAAGUGGAGGCCAGGGCCUGGGGCCGGGCCCCCGGCUGUGCCCCCUUGCCUCCACCCUCCUCCUCCCCCUAUUAAAUGGCCAAAGAGGCCCUGGACAAUC